GCCCUGCCUCGGAGUGGGCGUCCGCCGAAAUCGGCACGCCUUUUACCGUGGCUCUGUAAGCGUCUCGUCAAGAUUGCCUUCGCCUCGUCGCCAUGGCGCCCACUAUCCAGACCCAGGCCCAGCGCGAGGAUGGCCACAGGCCCAAUUCUCACCGGACUCUGCCUGAGAGGUCUGGAGUGGUUUGCCGAGUCAAGUACUGCAAUAGCCUCCCUGACAUCCCCUUCGACCCCAAGUUCAUCACCUAUCCCUUCGACCAGAACAGGUUUGUCCAGUACAAGGCAACUUCCUUGGAAAAACAGCACAAACAUGAUCUCCUGACUGAGCCAGACCUGGGAGUUACCAUUGACCUCAUCAACCCUGAUACCUACCGCAUCGACCCCAAUGUACUCCUAGAUCCAGCUGAUGAGAAGCUUUUGGAGGAGGAGAUUCAGGCCCCAACCAGCUCCAAGAGAUCCCAGCAGCAUGCGAAGGUGGUGCCAUGGAUGCGGAAGACAGAGUACAUCUCCACUGAGUUCAAUCGCUAUGGCAUUUCCAAUGAGAAGCCUGAGGUCAAGAUUGGGGUUUCUGUGAAGCAGCAAUUCACUGAGGAAGAAAUAUACAAAGACAGGGAUAGCCAGAUCACAGCUAUUGAGAAGACUUUCGAGGAUGCCCAGAAAUCUGUAACUGAGGGACUGGGAUGGGAGGGAAGGCAGACAAAGGUGUGGCUCCAGAACACUUUGUAUUUCUUCUCACCUUGUUUUUGCCUCUGCCAGAUCUCCCAGCAUUACAGCAAGCCCCGAGUGACACCAGUGGAGGUCAUGCCUGUCUUUCCAGAUUUUAAGAUGUGGAUCAACCCUUGCGCUCAGGUAAUCUUUGAUUCAGACCCCGCCCCCAAGGACACAAGUGGUGCAGCUGCACUGGAGAUGAUGUCUCAGGCCAUGAUCAGGGGCAUGAUGGAUGAAGAAGGGAACCAAUUUGUGGCCUAUUUCCUGCCUGUAGAAGAAACACUGAAGAAACGAAAACGGGACCAGGAAGAGGAGAUGGAUUAUGCACCAGAUGACGUGUAUGACUACAAGAUUGCUCGGGAGUACAACUGGAAUGUGAAGAACAAGGCUAGCAAGGGCUAUGAGGAAAACUACUUCUUCAUCUUCCGAGAGGGUGAUGGGGUUUACUACAAUGAAUUGGAGACCAGGGUCCGCUUGAGUAAGCGCCGAGCCAAGGCUGGAGUUCAGUCGGGUACCAAUGCCCUGCUCGUGGUCAAACACCGGGACAUGAAUGAGAAAGAAUUAGAAGCCCAGGAGGCACGGAAGGCCCAGCUGGAGAACCACGAACCCGAGGAGGAGGAGGAGGAAGAAAUGGAGAUGGAAGAGAAAGAAGCUGGGGGCUCAGAUGAGGAACGAGAGAAGGGCAGCAGCAGUGAGAAGGAAGGCAGCGAGGAUGAACACUCAGGCAGCGAGAGUGAACGGGAGGAGGGUGACAGGGACGAGGCAAGUGACAAGAGUGGCAGCGGUGAGGAUGAAAGCAGUGAGGAUGAGGCCCGGGCCGCCAGGGACAAAGAGGAGAUCUUUGGCAGUGAUGCUGAUUCAGAGGACGACGCUGACUCUGAUGAUGAAGACAGAGGACGGGCCCGUGGCAGUGACAAUGAUUCAGACAGUGGCAGCGAUGGGGGUGGCCAGCGGAGCCGGAGCGCCAGUCCCUUCCCCAGUGGCAGCGAGCAUUCUGCUCAGGAAGAUGGCAGUGAAGCCGCAGCUUCUGAUUCCAGUGAAGCGGAAAGUGACAGCGACUGAGUCCCAGAGCCUUCAGGGCUGGCGCAGGUAGUUAUUUCGCGCAGGAAGGCACUUUUUGAGUGGUCUCUUUAUGAGCCUUUUGCUUUGUUUCCCUCUCCUCCUCCAAACUUUGCUGUUAAUAAAGCCAGCUUCUCUUUACUUCCCGUC